UCGGCUGUGCCCAGCUCGAUUUCUGAAACUUGGUAUGCAUGAAGAGGCACUCAUUGUCAUUACAGAUGUGAAGUUGAGCUCAAUCAGACAUAAUCAUCGAUUUAUUGUUAAUAAUGUUAGUUUGAAGUAAGUUAAAGGUUUUGUGGUUGUGUGGCUUUAUCAGAUAAGACUUAAAAGCUCCGGUUUCAAACGGCUGAUAAUAAGGUCAACUACCCAACUGAAAUCUCAUGGACUUACAUAACUUACGAAACCACGCAACAUUCACUUAUAAUGCAUGCUCCUCUCUAAUGGACAGUGGAUGACCUUUGAUCAGAAGUUUAAAUGUUAUUGUAUACGGACAUGGGAGACUGAAGUCAUUGCUGACCCUCAGUGCACACUUGUGAAGAUCUCAGUGGGGAGUUUCGACUCUAUUCGCCCUUAUACAGAAUGACUGACUUCACAGCCUAUGACACCACUUAUCUGUGGGUGGUCAUCGUAAGCUUUCUCAUUUCUUUCGUCUUGGCGAUUGGUCUCGGUGCAAACGACUGUGCAAACUCCUUUGGCACUGCCGUUGGAUCUAAAGUAUUCACACUUCUUCAGGCAUGCCUACUGGCCGCCAUAUUCGAGACCCUAGGAGCCAUCUUGUUGGGCUCAAGGGUAUCCGACACGAUACGAAAAGGCCUCUUCGACCCAUCACUUUACGUGGGAUACGAGCAGGUCUUGAUGAUUGGUAACCUGUGUGCCCUGAGCUCCUCUUGCAUUUGGCUCCUCGUGGCUACGGUCGCCAAGCUUCCAGUUUCUGCCUCGCACAGCAUUGUUGGAGCAACCUUGGGCUUCCAUCUUGUCAUGUUUGGGGGACAAGGCGUGGACUGGGCCGUUGUAAUCAAAAUAGUUGUCUCGUGGUUCGCUUCGCCAUUGUUGUCAGGCAUCAUCUCUUGUGUAAUAUUCUUGAUUCUCAAGUACUCCAUGCUGGAAAGGAAACAGCAGCUCAAGUGGGGUCUGCUACUUGUUCCUGUGUGGUACUUCUUCGUUGUCUUCGUCAACCUCUUUUCCAUUUUCAUUGGAUCGGAUCGUGUUAUCGAUAACGUUGGUAUUUGGCUGGUGCCCGUCAUUGCAGUCAGCGUGGCUUUGUUCACCGCCACGGCGGUGUAUUUCUUCCUGGUACCUUACACUCGUACACGAGCUCUGAGUAUGCUGAAACUUGAGGCACAGAAUGAAGCGGAAGAAGCGACUUGUAACGAAACUAAUGUUGAUGUGGAAAUACAAAGAGGUACUAUGACGAGUACAGUUAGCUAUUCAUAUUUCAUCAAUAUCCCAGUGAAUAAAGGCACGCUUUCGUGUCUUUGGAAACACUGCUGUUUACAGACUGUUAUCUUCCAUACAGAAAAAGAGGAAAUCCAGACAGAGAAAAGCUCAGCAUCUGGAAAAGUUGACGACAUUGCCGACAUGCCCGAUAGCGUGCUGGUUCCAAACGGCAACAGCAGAGAGGAUCAAUUGAAUCUCAACAACAGUAACAGCAACGACAACAAUGAGUUCAAGGGUCAAGGGCCGGAUGAUGAGGUCAUCGUUGAGGUCUGCAUGGAUGAGAAACAAGAUGGAGGAGGCCAACCAGACGAGCCGGCUGACAUGGAUACUAGGGACCGGAAACGAAUCGGGAAGGAGUCUGCCGCCCGGCUGUCGAUCAAAGACACCGUGUCCGUUUCGGCUAUCUGCGGGCCAUUGCAGGGGCUGUCGGCAUGCUUUGCAGCGUUCUCACACGGAGGGAAUGAUGUCAGCAAUGCUGUCGGUCCAUUGGUAAGUUUGUACCUAAUCUACACGCAAGGCGAGAUAUCUGGGACAGCCUCCACGCCUAUCUGGCUGCUACUGUACGGGGGAGUCGGCAUCACGGUCGGUCUCUUCACCCUGGGUCGACGAGUGAUACAGACUGUUGGCUCGGACUUGACGCCAAUGACGCCAUCCUCGGGCUUUGCCAUCAAUCUUGGAGCGGCCUGCACAGUCCUUCUCGCUUCCAACCUCGGCAUACCGGUCAGCACCACGCACUGUCUGGUGGGUUCCGUGUGUGUGGUGGGCUUCGUUCGCUCUCGGCAGAGCGUGGACUGGCGCCUGUUCAGCGGCAUUUUCAGCGCUUGGAUCUUCACUGUGCCAAUCACCGUGCUGCUCAGCGCAGCACUAAUGGGACUCCUGCAGCACGCUGUGCCCGGCACUUGCACCUUGGCGCCUAGGAACACGACUGAUGUGUUGACGUCAUUGAUGAUGUGACGCCAACAGUGACAUCCCAAUUGACUUACUCUUGCAAAUUAAUAGACCCAAUUACUGUAUCGAAGUAAAUCUCUAGGCAGUACAACCGCUUAUUGAAGCUUCUAUGUAUUAAACCUGAGGAACCCUCGAAACCUGAAUAUCUAGCAGUUUUGCUGAUAAAUUAUAACUCAGGUUCUUCAGAGAAUAGCAUUGACAGGGAAAAGGACCCUUUACCCUCUAAGCAAUUUUCUCCAACAUCUGCAGAAAUUUACUUGGUGUUUACACUACAAUUAAACCUGCGUCAUCCGAAUUUCACCCCACUGUGACGUCAUAUUUAUACAUAUAAUGAUUAACUCACGGUCAAACAGUUGCGAGUGUUCGGUUCUAUUUUGGGGACUUCGGGGCUUGGCUCCCGGUUUGUGAACCAAGCGUGCCGGUGAGAGUCUCACCGUUAAUCCCUGGGUGGUAGGUAGUUACAUGGCUUAAGACUGAAGGCUCAACUUGUAAUGCAUUUAUAAAUAGCAACUACUGCUGACAAAAGCAUACAGGUAUUUUUUGACAACUUUUAUCUUUUACAUAUGAAUUUUUUACCUUUGAUCACCCUCUCAGACCAUUCAGCAGCUUCUAACGUCCGGGUCUUUCAGACUUCCAAGUCUAGGAAAGGUUGGUCAAGGGCAUUAGGAACCCCUGUGUAACAAAGUUUCCUUGAGGGUGAAAAUGCUGGGUAUUUUCUAUCUUUGAAAUAAUAUAUUGUGGAUUGACAGUUACAUUCAUAAAGUUAUUGAUGAAGUUCAUCCUUUUUUGAACUAUAAACUAGAUAGUAAUUUAACCCUGGGUUCACCGAAAAGUGGCAGGAACCAAUUUAAAUAACCAACUCCUUUUUGAGAAAACAAAAUCAACUGUCAACAUCAGUUACACCAUGCACAGUUGAGACUUGUUUUAUUGCAACCAUAUUACACGUUAAAAUAGUAUUGUCAUGUCACCGGUGACUGUAUAAACAAAGUGAGAUAAACAAAGUGAGAAAAAAAUAUAUGUAUGUGUCAUUAUCUGACUACGGCACAAAACCCAGAUAUAUCGCUCUAAUGUUCAUCAAGGAUAAUUAAAGUUCUCACGGUAGAUAUGCAGCUGGCAACGUCAACGGACCGUUGUCGUGAGGUGGUGUUCCGGCGAGAACUCAGCUAUGCCUUUUCUCUGGAAAAGAGUUCAAAGGACUGUACAUGUACUUGCGGAUUUGGUGUCACAAGAUGGCUGACACUUGAUGUCACAUGCUGACUGGCUGGCACACACUGGGUGUCACAUGGUGGCUAGCAUAUUUGGUGCUGCAUAAUGGCUAAUGUCUGGGUGAUACUGGGCGAUAACGGGGCUGGGGACCAGGUACUCCUUGACGAUCUCAGACCAGGCGGUGACUGGCAUACAAGUGUUGAGAAGCGGGAAGGACAAGCACCAAAGUCCCCUUCUGGCUAUUCCCAGUAGACAACUCGGUCUGAUGUCUCUGUAUCUAACCGCUCCAAAGUGGACUAAAAAGGGCAAACUCUGCUUUCCCUCAAUUAACACACUUUUUUUACAUGUACGUUUAGGAUUUAUAACGCAAAACACAGACUUAUAUACACAUGUAUACACACCCAUAAAUUUAACAUGUGGAAAAAAAGUUUACCAGCCAAAUGAAAGAAUCUAUCUCGGCAUCAAAUACGCUUCAUGGCGCCAUAUGACCAGACGUUCACAUAAAAUGCAAGUGCAGGCCAAAUUAGACUGGCUCAAAGGUUUCUCGGUUUCGAAUUACACACAUGCACUGAUUCAAGCUAAGAAUUUUGACUUCUCAAUGCUCAUAAAUCUCAAACAAUGCUCAUAAACAAAGAGAAAACUCUGCAGUCCGAGUCAUCGGACAAUAGUUUGAAAUCUCUGGGCGAAUUCUGACAAUCCAAGUCGAAGCAAGCUUUCGAAUACUCCAUAAAGCAGUUCCCAAGGUUAAGGGCAGUCAUAAGAAAAUAAAUCGUCAAACAUGCCAACGGCUUUUAAGAGAAUGCACGUUUUACCAGCCACGAGCUACAUGCUGGAGAUCUCUCAACAAAGACGCAUGUACGUUCUACUCUCAGUAACAUUACACAAAACUUUAUAAGGGACUGUUUCUCACUUUGCCUAAAGCCACAGCAAAAUGCACCAGAACGUUUUUCCUACUAUGUACAGGCAAUUAAGCUUACAAAGUUCUUGAUAUUAAAACUUGGCAAAGGUGCAAAAAGACGUCAUAGCAAAUGACUUCCAAUACUCUUUCCUAUUAAAGCUAACAAUGUAUCUACUCAAAUUGGAAUAAACUUGACUUACCUAAAAGAGCCAACAUUCAAUCUUUGCAGAACAGCAGCUUGGUGAAAGUCCCACUUGCAGGAAUUUGGACCUCCAAACUUUAGAGCUACAAUGUACUAACAACAAUUUUCUUUGUCUUUUGCUCUAAAAUACUGGACAAGGAGUGGAGUGCUUCAUUGUUCGCUGUUUGCUGACAAGAUGUGAAAAUGGCACAU